AUGUCUGAGUGUCACGAAGACAGUGAAGAGGACCUUGGGUUUGCUUUGAAAGAGCUCAAGCUAACCAAGAAGCUUACUUCUAAUCAAGAUGGGAAAGACAAUAAAGCUGAUAUGAUAGAGUCAGUUGGGACACAAAGUGCUGCUGAAGAGCCUAACCAGACCAUAUAUUCUAGUCCUGAAUCCGAUGGUUCGGAAGAAGAAAGAGAAGAAGCUGUCAAGGAGAUCGCAGUACGACAGGCUGAUAGUUCUGUUGAUUUAAGGCAGCAGUCUCAAGAAACUGGCAAUGUCGGGAAGAUAAUCCGGGAAGAAGAUGAAAAUGGUUCUAUUACGGAUUCUGAUACUUCCCUUGAGUGGCAGCCAAUGACUACUGUUGCCUCCUUUGAUGUAUAUGAUGAGAAUGGAGAGCUUGUGUUAGAAGGCAUGAAUAGAACAGGAAGUACUCUGUCGUUAAAUGAACAUAGUACACCUUCUCAAAAUCAAAAGAGCACUUUCGGGUAUACCAAGGUUGAUGGUGAGGAGCAAGCACAGAGAUCGUACCUCACUAACAAAAGGACCGAUUUUUUGUUCAACCAUAAGAAGCUAGCGGUAUCUAGUGCAUCUCUUUCUAUGUCACUUAGUAGAACAUCUGGUACACCGGAUUCCCAGUUCCUGUCAGAAGAUGAUGAAGAAGAGGAAGCAAUAAGCUCUAAAAAUAUUACAACAACGGAUCAAUUAUCGAUUACGAAAGAUCUUUUAAAUGAUAAAGAAAAGUUUGCAUAUAUUGCAUGUAUUACUGUGCUAGUUAACGAGAUGUGUACUCGUUUGGUUUCAAUAGCAUUAUCAUCGCAUAAUAUGACUUCCAAACAGAAAUUUGCGAAACGGUUGCAAAGUCUACAGAAGAAUAUGGGGCAUUGGAGGAGCUUAAUAUUAAAUCGACUUUACGCUCAUUUGGAAAUUGAACCUGAAGAAAUCAAAAUGUUAUCAAGACUAUCAAACGACGGGAUUGAACUAUCGGAUUUAUGUAAUUGUUUGAAAGUGACACAGCAUAUUGACAAUCCAUUGGCAGAAACAAGUGAUAUACCUGAACUAAAAACGGAAUCUAAAACUGACGAGAAUAUAAUGACAUCUAAGAGUUUGGACAUUGAUGUUGCUUGGACCAUUAUCUGUGAUUUAUUUCUUUUAUUAGUGCAGGACUCUCAUUAUGAUGCAAGGUCACGUUCAUUAUUAAUUAAUUUUGCCAAGGUGCUAAAUAUCGAUCCGCUUGAGAUCUGCCAAUUUGAGAAAAGAGUGAUAGAAGCAUUAGAACUCGAACAAUGCACAGAAGAUCAGGUAUGGGAUGAAAAAGCCCAUAUGGACAAACGAAGGAAGGCAAUCAAGAGAAAAAAACUGUGCUACAUUGGUUUAGCAACUCUUGGUGGCUCUUUAGUUCUUGGUUUGAGUGGUGGUCUACUUGCGCCAGUUAUUGGGGCUGGGUUUGCUGCGGGAUUGUCAACAAUCGGUGUAACCGGUGCCGCAGGUUUCUUAACGGGGGUAGGAGGUACAACAGUUGUUGCAGUGUCAAGUACUGCUAUUGGUGCAAAAAUUGGAACAACAUCUAUGAAAAGGAGAAUGGGGAGUGUUAGAACUUUUGAGUUUAGACCUCUUCAGAAUAACAGACGUCUUAACCUAAUACUAUCGGUUUCGGGCUGGAUGAACGGUAAUGAAGAUGAUGUUAGAUUACCCUUCAGCACCGUAGAUCCGAUAAACGGUGAUUUAUACUCGUUGUAUUGGGAGCCAGACAUGCUAAGAUCUACGGGUCAGACGAUGGGUAUCUUAGCUAGUGAAAUUGUAACUCAAACUAUUCAACAAAUCUUAGGCGCAACAGUUUUGACUGCCUUGAUGGCUGCUAUCCAACUACCCAACAUACUUUCAAAGUUGGGAUAUUUAAUUGAUAAUCCGUGGAAUGUAUCACUUGACAGGGCGUGGGCUGCUGGGCUGGUUUUAGCAGAUACGCUUAUGGCCAAAAACUUAGGUGACAGGCCAAUUACCUUAGUCGGGUUUUCCUUAGGAUCUCGUGUCAUUUAUUCAUGUUUAGUUGAGUUAGCAAAAAAAGGUGCUAUCGGAAUAAUAGAAAAUGCUUAUUUGUUUGGUUCUCCUGUCGUUUACAAAAGAGAUGAAAUGAUUCUCGCCCGAUCAGUUGUUAGUGGAAGAUUUUUGAAUGGAUAUUCAAAUAGAGAUUGGAUUUUAGGUUAUUUAUUCAGAGCCACAGGUGGAGGGUUGAGUACUGUUGCAGGAAUAUCACCAAUAAAUAGUGUUCCGGAUAUUGAAAAUGUGGACUGCAGUGAGAUAGUUGACGGGCAUAUGAGUUAUAGAAAGAAAAUGCCUAAACUUCUUAAAGCCAUUGGUAUGUCUGUACUCAGUGAAGAGUUCGUAGAAAUUGAAGACCCAAUGGAUCCGGAACAAGUUGCUAGACAGAGGAAACUUGUUGCUGAAUUAGAAUCUGCCCAGGAGAAACUUUCUGAUGAAUCCCAUGGUAAGAAAAAGAGAAAGCACAAAUGGUUAUCUAAAUCUUCUUGGUUCAAACCUCAGAAAGUUGAAUGGCAAGAAAUGUAUGAACAGACUCUAAAGGACAAGACAUUAGGGCCAGAAGUGAAUGGGGAUACCGAAGAAGGCAUAGCUACGGAUGUGCACAAAGACCAACUUAUCCAAGAGAUUUCAAAACUCAAGGACGAGGUACAGAAGGAUAUUGAUCACUCGUCUCGAGACAUUGUCGAGAAGUAG